AUGCAAUCAACAUCUUAAAGGAAUCUCUUGCUGACUAGUCCUACUAAGUAUCAAAAUCCUAUGAAAUUCAAUCAAACUCCAGACGACACAGGGAAGCAGAAACAAUACUUCAUCAAAGACAAGGAAGCCAUGUUUGAGGAAAUUCAAACUCUGAAACAAAGCAAAAACCAAUUGUUCAUCAACAUAAAGAAGCUUCAAGCUCAGGUGCAAUAUUACAAGAAGGAGGCUAUGUACAAGGAAGAGAGCAGUCCCCUUAAAAGUUCAUCCAGAUUCAAACAAUUGUAUUAGGAGAGAAUCGCUAUUCUAGAGGAAGAAAAUUCUAAAUUGCAUCAACAAUUAGAGGAAAUAUAAGCUUUUGUGAGUUCGCUCAAAAAUCCAUUAAGUCAAACUAAUUUAGAACUCUUUAGUUUACAACUAUAAAACGAUAACCAACAACUGACCACAUUGUUGGAGGACAAAGAAAAUGAAAACCAGGAACUUAAGAAAGCCAACAACAAAUUAACGAUCAAAUGUAAUGCCUUAUAGAUCCAACAAAAUAAACUUAAAGCACUUAAUAAUUAAUUAUUAUUAGAGAUUAACGAAUUGAAGAAAAAAUAACAUCAAUAUGAAAGUAGGAUUUCCUAAAAAGAUAUUCCUAGAGUCGAUGAAAAAUUUUAAAUUGAAUUUGAGCAAACGAAAUUAGAAAUUAGAAAAUUCUAACAAUAGUUAAAACAACAAGAACAAUCAUUUACUAAUCAAUUACAAUUAGAACACGAGAAGAUAGAGAAAUUAGAAAAAAGAAACAAAGAACUUUAAAAAACUGUUUCACUUCUUGAAAACAAAUAUGAACAAGAAAAAGUCAACUAUCAACAAUUAUAAUAAUCGUAGAAGUUCAUCAGGAGGACUGUGAUUCUCAAAACAAUUUAACCUGAAGAACCAGAAAAAUAUAUUGAAUAAGAAACAAAAAUUAGAAAAUUGGGUUCAGUCGAAAAAAGUGAAAUUUUACAUGUUGCCAAGAAAAUUAAAUUAAACCUAAUAGCUUAAUAAGUCUCAUUAAAAAAAGUAGAAGAAUACCUUCUUACUAAUGAGAUUCUUACUUUAUAAUAAUUAGAGGAGAAUUUGAGUUGUCACAUCUUUGGAUUAGUUGAAGAAGAGGAGAUUUCAUAGUUAGCUGCAUAUUUGGCAGAUCUUGAGAAUGAUGAAGUUGAAACUACAGCUCUAAGAGUUAAAAGUAUAUUUAAGAAUUUAAUGGAAAAUUAUACUAUUUUGACCAAUAAUGAAUUGUCAGCCAUCAAUCAGAGCAUUGCAUUAAAACGAACUUAAAUUAAUGAAUAUUUAACAAAGAAACAUCCUCAGAUAUUUUCAAUUGGAUCCAUAAGUAUUGAUCAAUAUUUGGAUUCAUUACAGAAUCUAGAAAUUUAAUUUAACAAAAAUGAAAUCGACCAUUUAGUAGCAUUAAUCACAAAGUACAAUAGAUCACCUAGAGUCUUAUUGCAAUAAAUUUAUGCUCCUUUCUACAUUUGUAAUGAACCCAUUUCUGAUGAUGAGGAAUCGACCUUUAAUUAACCUGUUGCAUAAUUGCAUAAUCCUAUGUAAUUGUCAGAAGAUGAAGAAUAAAUGAGUGCUUUAGACAUUAAAAUGUGCAAUUCACAGGAGUUAAGAAAGAAGAGUCAUACUGAACUCCCUUAAUUUUGA